UCCUUCAAGAGAAUACUUCGACUACGCUAACUACGAGGUGUCUUGUCAAAUCUCUCUCCGUUAGCUCUAAUCCCAGAUUCGGUUUAGCUCUCCAAAUCUUCAGAAGGUAUUGAAAUGGCGGAAACAAAGACGUUGAGAAAACCUAUUUUCACCCAGGUGGACCAACUUCGCCCGGGGACUAGUGGCCAUACUCUUACUGUCAAGGUUGUCAAUACAAAGAUGGUACUGCAGAAGGGUCGUCCUGAUGGUCCCCAAGUACGUCAAAUGCGAAUUGCAGAAUCUUUGGUCGGAGACGAGACUGGAAUGAUCAUCUUUACUGCAAGAAAUGAACAAGUGGACUUAAUGAAAGAAGGUGCUACCCUAACGCUUCGCAACGCAAAAAUUGACAUGUUUAAAGGAUCGAUGAGGCUUGCAGUGGACAAAUGGGGUCGUGUUGAGGUUGCUGAACCCGCUAGUUUUGCGGUGAAGGAAGAUAACAACCUGUCACUGAUUGAAUAUGAACUGGUCAAUAUUGUUGAAGAAUGACCUCCAUAGACCCACCUUGGGACGGUCUUUGCUUUGCUUUUUAUAUCCGUGACCCGAAGAAUAAAAUCUAAUCCGGAAACAUGGUACUCUGAGUCUAAUCUUUCAGAGCUCGUGGAAGUUAAGUUUUAAAAUCUACAUUGAAGUUGCUUCUUGCCCAUUGCAUCAAAUCCAGCAGAACCUUUUGGUUGGAAACUCCAAACAGAUGGGGAUGGCUGUAAACUUUUGAGGUA